UUCCAAAGGAGAGUGAAACAUUUGAAGGAAAAACUUGUCCAACCUGCUUAAAAUAUAACUACAAUGAGGAAUGUGUUCCAGAAACUAACAUAGUGUGCAGGCAUAAAGAAGACCUGUGCUCCACCUUUGUGGGUACAAUACUUGGAAAAG